UAUGCACCUGCGUCAGACGCAGCGUCUAGAUUCAAACUAGUCGGCGGUUAAGAAAGUGAGAGGACUUAAAGCGUACAGAAACAAACCAAAAUUAAACUAAAUCCAAAGAUGUCUAAGACAUUGAAAGGAAUCACGCUGAAGGGGAGUGCAGAACUCGUUGCUGAGUUUUUCUCAUUUGGAAUCAACAGCAUCUUGUACCAGCGAGGAAUCUACCCAGCAGAAACCUUCACCAGAGUUACUCAAUAUGACAUGAGCCUUCACCUGACCACAGAUGCAAAGCUGAAGAACUACCUCACCAAUGUCAUCUCACAACUCAAAGAAUGGUUGUUUGAUUGCACAGUUCAGAAGCUGGUGGUUGUCAUCACAUGCCUGGAGACCAAUGAGGUGCUGGAGCGAUGGCAGUUUGAUAUUGAGUGUGACAAGACAGCAAAGGAGAACAGCACACCCAGGGAGAAGUCCAUAAAAGCUAUCCAAGAGGAAAUCCGUUCUGUUAUCAGACAGAUCACUGCUACAGUCACCUUCUUGCCAUUAUUAGAAACUGCCUGUGCUUUCGACCUUCUGAUCUACACAGACAAAGAUCUUGAAGUACCUGAGCAAUGGGAGGAAUCUGGGCCUCAACUAAUUGACCAAUCAGAAGAGGUCCGCUUGCGUUCCUUUACUACUUCUGUUCAUAAGGUGAACAGUAUGGUGGCCUACAAGAGGACAAACUCCAUGUGAUUUUUUUUUUUUUCUUUUUUUGUGUGUUCUGUUCUCUCUCUUUUUUUUCUGUUCAACUUUUCAGUCUUCUGUAUAUAUAUCUAUAUAAAGCUUAUUUCUUAUUUGUUGUAUUUUUAAAGAAUGUAUUUCCCAAUACAGAAAAUACAGUUCUUGUUUCCAA